UGGUCCAUGACACCCACCCCCAUAUGCCGGACGCCGAACGUCGCCGCUCCCCGCACGCGCGCAUGGUGCGCUGGUUCGCGGAGCGAGGAUGCGGCGCCGCAGGGGAGGAGGGCCUGCGCCCCUGCUGGACAACCCCAGCGUGGCAUUGUGCGUCAUUUCAAUGUUCCUGGACUUCUUCCUCUUCUUCGUCAGUUCCUUGGGAGUGAUCUUCGCCAGCCUGUUGCAGCAAACCUGUGAGAUCCCCCUCUGGUGGUUCCUGGCCUUUGUAGGUGUGGUCGCCUCUGUGAGUGCUGUCCUUUACGCACGCAUGUCGUGGAUGGAAUAUGGCAGCGACAGGAUUUGGAUGCUAUACGGCUUCCUGACCUUUGCAGUCUUCCUCCUGCAGGGUGGGACGAUGGUUUGGGGCGGCUACCUUUGCUGGUUGGCGAUGCAGAGCACGGAGUGCGCAGCUGAUGUGCUGAACUUCACCUUGGUCUGCACCGGGCUCCUGGCCAUCAUCGAGUUCAUCGGCUUCAUUUCGGUCUACUUCGUCUUCAUCCCCUCCUUCAUGAUCCAGCUCCGUGCUGCUGCGAAGUUCACCUAGCCAGCUGCCACGUCCACCCACCCGGACAGCCUUUCCGGUCCCCCUGCGCUGCGUUCGAUCUCGGCCACCACCGGACCCCGGGCGCCCCGGACGACCGGACUCCGGUCCGGUGAUGGUGCCGGUGGUGAAGACGGACGGCCAUGCGCUGGUGAGUGAUGGGUGAUUGGAUGGAAAACGAUGGAGCUUUUUUUUUUUCUUUUGGAGGCAUUGCCCUUAACAGCUAUCAAUGUCUG